CCGUUGCUUUGGGGAUUUAUCAACAAGGAUGCAUGGCAACAAACAUGCGCUGUGUUAAAUAUUAAUCCCACUGCAAUCUCUAAAGGACGUUAUAUUUGGAGAUAAGGCUGCACAGACAUUUGCAUGCAGACUGAUAAAGGUGGAAGGCAAAUGAAGGGAUGAUGAGGGAGGCUGCUGUUGUCACCGGCGAAGCUCACGCAAAGGAAAACCAAUAGCAGACACCUUUUAACAGUCUCUUUUUAAGGAAACAUAUCUUCACAGGACUUCAGACACCGAGGAUGUAAACGAAGAAACACAUGCGCAGCAUCACGGCGAGAAGAUGGCACUGCUUGUGGUUGUGGCACUCCUGUGCCUGUCCUGUUGGGUCUCUUUCUACUUUAUCUUGUGUUACGUUAACGGGUCCAGGAGCUACGAGUGGAACUGCCGUCUUGUCACCCUGGUACACGGCAUCCUGGCAGUUUGCAUCACAGCUUACAUAGGCUAUGUGGAUGGACCCUGGCCUUUCACUUAUCCAGGUACCAAGAACACUCCUCUGCAGAUAAGUGCCAUGGUGGUGAGCCUGGGCUACUUCAUUUUUGAUAUGGCCUGGUGUGUCUACUUCCGCACAGAGGGACCCGUUAUGCUGGCCCACCACACCAUGAGCAUCCUGGGAAUCCUGUUGACCCUGUGGUUGGGGGAGUCUGGCAUCGAGGGCUGCGCUGUCCUCUUUGGCAGUGAAAUCACCAACCCCCUUCUGCAGGCACGCUGGUUCCUCAAACAGACGGGACAUUACGGGACAUGGCUGGGGAACGUUGUGGAUGUCUUGUUUGUACUGCUGUUCGUGGUGAUGCGAAUCUUUGUGGGAGGCACAAUGCUGUACUGUGAGCUGAUCUCCCCGAGACCCAGAUUCUUUAUCAAGUGUGGGGGAGUGGCUAUGUACGCUCUAUCCUGGGUGUUUAUGGUGGACAUUGUUCGAUUUGCAAUUCGGAAGAGCAAGAGAUGGCACAAACAGCAGCGAGACCAACAAGAGACAGUGACAGCUAAUGGUCAUGAAGGGAAGAAAGACUGAUCGGUUUGUGCUUCUUAAAGGAAAUUGAUUUGCAUAAUUUGUGUUGUGUUUUUCACUUUGGACACACAAUGGGAAGUACAAAGAAAAUCAACUUAUUGUACGUUAAACCGAGAUUUAAAAAAGGGAUAUUUCAAAGUCAUAGUUUUCUAUAUUGAGAAAUAUCCUGUGGCGUCAGUCUGUAAGGUUCAACACCUUUGCAUUUUGAAAAUAAAAACUCAUUUUUAUGCAGUUAUUGCAGCUGAACACAUUCGAUUUUUGUGUAAAAUGUGCAGUUAACAAACAACACAGAUGUAGUUUAAAUGUCACUGAAAACCAAAGCACUUUGUAUAAACACAUGAACAGAUGUUGCUUUCAGUUGCAGUGAACUGUGGCCUAGUCAUAUGUGGUUGUGUUGCUCCAAAAGAAAGCUAAAUGUUAGGAAAGAAACUGUUUACAUGUAAUGCCCGAGGUCCUUGUGAAACAUUUUUAGUCAUAUAAAAAAGUUAGGAUUGGUUUCCUUGUAAUCCUAAACUUAAACUUUGAGCAGAUGUGAAAGGUAUACUCAGGGAGAUGAAGUCAGAAAGUUGGAGUGAAUUCCACAGAAAUGUGUGUGAUUUGUUUGAUUACUCUGUUUAAUAUAGUUUAUAGUACUUCCUCUAAGGUUUUGCCUGCUGUCUUUGACCCUAUUGCAGAGCACGCCCAAAAAACACUUCUUUUAUUUUACUUCUCUCGUGCAAAGGGCUUCGUGGUAAGGAACCUCUCAAUUACAUAGUUCUACAUUGGUAAUGCUAUUUGGAUAUUUAUGCAGACUAUAAAUAUCUUUGAAUGUUAGUGAAAUGUUAGUAUAUUAAAGUAUUUUGAAGAGUCUGAUUUCACCGUAUCAACUGUGUGAACGUAGACCCUCCUGACUUCUUUCAGAUAAAGUCAGACCAAAGAUCUGUACUGAUAGCUUCCAAUUCAUUUAGUUGUGUUUUAGUCAUGCAGAGAUCCUGUCAGACAAGACUUGACAAUUAAAUUACAGUCAUUGUGAGCUAUCUGUACAGUGUGCUAAUCUUUCGUCUGACUUCUUCUUCGGCUAUUUCUUUUUUAAAAUGUCUUUUAAGUUUUUGAGAUGUACAUGUUCUACUCUCUGACUUAAUCUUUCAGACAAACAUAUGCUGCUGUCAGUAUCAACCAGAUAGCCUCUGACUUGGGAGUGGAUGAAAACUUGUGCAAUCAUAUAUGUAAGAGCAUCUUUUGUUUUUUGUAGCCCCUGAAAUGUUUUUGAUGAUUUCUACAUUUAGUCAUAAGUCAGUGACACACACACACAUCAAGGGCUGGGCAAUAGUUAUCAUUGAGCAACUUUAAGUAAAGUCAUAUUGAGAUGAUAUAAUCAUAUUAAGUUAAGUUUUGUUGUCCAAUAUAAUAAAAAAAUCAACAAACUAACUUUUUUUUUUUACACGCGUGAAGAGUUUUGUCUGAGUUUUAGUAUUUUAUGUGUGAUUUUUACAUAGAUUUGCCAUAAUGUGAGAUUACUUAUCAGUAAGAUAUUCGUCCUAAUAUUGUGAUGUUGAUUUCAACCACACAACACACAAGUGCAUCAGGGGUUGAAGGCAGAGUAGUAUGAUUUAGCCCUCUUCACAACUGGAUUUGCUUAUUGCCAAGAAAGUACUACCAGCUUUCAUUUUUCUUCUCAGACUUUAUACCGGUGUUCUUAUUAUUGCCACAUGUUUUUUUUUUUAGGUCACAUAUAUUCCUUCGGUACUGUAUGAAAACACUUGUCAUUUCUUUGUUUUCAUAUUUAUAUUGAACAAUGUGUCUGUUUACCUGGCUGCUACUGUUAAGAAUCAUGCGAGCAUCACCAUUAUUCAAAGACAGUAAAAAAAAAAUCUAACUGGUGUGUGCCUUAGUUAUCUGAAUGUACUUUCCUAAUUUUUCUGUUUGGUUUUUGUCUCGUGCUGUACUGUAAACCGUCCACCGUAAGAGUGGGAGUAAUGAAGAACCAUUUUCAGUUUGAGUUGUGGUUUCAUUAUUUGCCUUUGUCAUCCCUGUGUGAAGUAAAAUAAAGAUGUGACAGA